AUGAACAUCUAUGAACGCGCCGUCGACCUUGCUACAAAUCCAAAAUACUCAAAAUGGAUCUGGCCAUUGCUUCUGCUCGCAGAGCUUUUCCUCUGCACAGUCAUUGUUUGGAAAGUCCCGUACACGGAGAUAGACUGGUCAACGUACAUGCAACAGGUAUCACUAUUUUUGUCCGGUGAACGAGAUUACGCCCUCAUUAAGGGUUCCACGGGACCGCUUGUCUACCCUGCCGUACACGUCUACAUCUACUCGGCCCUCUAUCACAUCUGCGACGAUGGCAGGGACAUCGCCUUUGCACAGGUCAUAUUUGCGAUUCUAUAUCUCGCGACGUUGGUGAUUGUGAUGUGGAGCUAUCGCUCUGCAGGGGCGCCGCCAUAUCUAUUGCCUCUGCUUGUGUUAUCGAAGAGACUUCAUAGUAUAUUCCUUUUACGGCUAUUCAACGAUGCAGUUGCGACCUUUUUCCUGUGGGCGGCUAUUUUGAUGCUACAGAGGAGACAGUGGGCUGUGGGCGUUGUAUUGUGGUCAAUGGGUGUAGGGGUUAAAAUGACCGUGCUACUUGUCGCACCAGCUAUUGCAGUGAUUGUGGUGCUGGGUGCUGGUAUCAUUAAAGCUGCUGGCUCUGGUGUAACGGCGUUGUUACUACAGGUGCUUUUUGCAGUCCCGUUUCUUCAAGACCAUCCCAGCAGCUAUAUAUCAAGAGCGUUCGAAUUCACGCGGCAAUUCCUUUUCACGUGGACGGUAAACUGGCGAUUCGUUGGUGAAGAUGUCUUUCUCUCCAAAUCCUUUGCACUUGCACUGCUGGUUGUGCAUGCAUCGAUACUUGGGGCAUUUUUCGUAUUUCGUUGGAUUGCCCCAUCAAACACGAGUUUAACACAGUUUAUCAACAACAUUGCCCGUGGAAAACAGUCGCCAACCCAAAUCACAAGCUCCUUCAUUGCCACGACCAUGUUAACCUCUCUUGCGAUAGGGCUCCUCUGCGCCCGCAGCUUGCACUAUCAGUUUUUCGCUUAUCUUUCGUGGGCAACGCCUUUCCUUCUCUGGAAAUCUGGAUUCCACCCGUUGCUUAUUUACUUGCUUUGGACCGCGCAAGAAUGGGCUUGGAACGUCUAUCCAAGCACAACUAUAAGCUCGAUCACUAUUGUCGCGUGCCUUGCAAUACAGGUUCUUGGGGCAUUUUUGAAUGGGUUCGAGCGCGUGCCAAAAAGAACACGAGGAUUAAAAGGUGGCCUGGCUAUGAGUAGACGAUGA